UUGACAAUAGGUGUUUGGUUUAACUAGUUAUUUAUGGCUUUCUAUGAAGUUAGGUACUAAACUACAUCUAUAAGAUCAGGGUGGAGGAGAUGGAAAUUCUUCAGCAAUGGUGGAAGAUGAGAUUCUCUUUCAAGAACGCCACUUUCAUCGUUUGUUUCUUCAAUCUCAUCGCCCUUCUUUUCUUCCUUCAGGGCUUUCUCUCUGCUUCUUCCAACCGCAAAUUGGCCUCCUAUCAACGCAACUCAGCUCAACUCAGAUACAUUAAGGAAUCUGAAGAUUUACGGCGAACCAUGGAACCCUUGGAACUAAUUAGAAGAGUGAGGGAAAUUAAGCAAGAAGCAUACAUAGAACCAGAGCCAGUCCAACAGAAAGAUAUAAAGCAGACUGCUGCAGUUGAUCUGAUUACGAGGUUGAACAAUUUUCGUUCCUAUUCAGAUCCUGGCAGUCUAAAAGCUCUAGAAGAAUGGCGUAAAAGGAAGAUGGAACGAGCGAGGCAGCGCGAACUUGGGAAAAAUGGAACAGCUACCUCACAAGCUUGAAAUUCUCUGUUAAAUAGAGUCCAACCUCGUACAUCAAUCAUGUGAUUGCCAGUGGUUAAAGUUACUUGCAGAAUUAGUUUGUAGAGAGCCAAGAAAUCCUCAUCUAAUCUCCAAAAAAUAAAUCCACUGCAUUCUCUGCUUCUCUUGCGAAGUCUACACAUUUUCUGAUAUUGUUUGUGAUUUUCCCACCACAGGCAGUUUGCCGACAAACCGGGAUCCUGCUGCAGUAGGAAUGUUGUAAACAAGCCGAGUAACAAUAGUGCAUUUUCAAUUUUAUGUGAUUCUCAAGUUUGGGUGGAGAACUUGAUAAGUUUUAAAAAUAUGUUUUGAGGUUA